AUGGCGAGGUUGCUGUCUUUCUUUGCGGAGUACAACUUCUCCGUCGAGUAUAAACCAGGACGACUUAAUGUCGUCGCUGAUGCUCUUUCGCGUCGGCCCGAUUUCGAGCCGACUGCUCAACCCAAGAGUAGGGGUGAUCCCACUGUCGCGACACUACCAGUGAGUGUUCCGUCGUCGGAUCUGCUCGAUGAUGUGCGAAAAGCAUACGCAGAAGAUGAGUCUCUUCUGCGGUUGAUGGAUUACGUGUCAAAUCUAUGCAGUCAAGCUUUGAAAAGCUUGUCGUCUCAAUACCGAUCUUCAACCGAACAGUAUUCUGUUCGUGAUGGACUGCUGUACUAG